AUGCGCAACAGUAACAUGGGGCAACCUAGAGCAGUGGCUGGUACCGAUGCCUCAGUACGACGACCCGGGCGUCCUCGCAUGAAGGACAGUUUGCCUGCAGAUCCAAAUGACAACUCGUCACGGUCCCGCAUGCGGCUCGCCCAGAGAUCGUAUCGUAACCGCAAAGCGAAUGAGCUCACAGCCGCAAAGGCCAAGGCCAAUGCCCUGGAGAACGCCCUUAAUAGAACGCUAGACGAAUUUAUCAAGCUUCACCAAAUGUUGUUGGGCAAGCAGGAUUACUUGCCAGCAGAGUUCCUACUACAGCUCCAUGAGACAGCCACGAAUAUCAUUUCUGUUGCGAAGAAUGCUCUGGCCGAUGCAAUGCCAGAACCAGAACAUUCAGCGAGCGAUCACCUUGCGACAAUGGAUAGCGACGAUUACGAAGAUGAUGCCGUCUGCAUUCCUACGCAUGUAAACUCUGACAACUCUUGUUUCCCUACAAAGCGUGCAUCAAUCUCUCAGCGUAUCUUACACGCGUGCCUCAAUCUCGCUGCAGAUAGGCUCAAGCUUCCGAGAGUGCCCUUCCUGCGUAUCCUCCCAGCUCUUCUUCUGCCUCUCCAGUUCGAAAGCGAAGACAAUAUCCUCAGGCGAGCCAUGCAAUACCUCUCUAUUGGCGGCACUGAAGCACAGCUAGAGCAGGAGCGUUCCUCUGCUAAGGCAGGGUAUCUGCCUAAAAUGAUGCGGCUUAUUGAAGGACAGACGCAUACUCUAGUGCCACGAAAGCCACAACCCCAUAUGCAGCGCCUACAGUUUGGAUGCACACGAACGGUAAUCUCUACAGCAGUGCCCGAUCUCCAGGGAGAAUGGCUCGAACCUUUGGACGUAGAAGAGUAUCUCGAGCAGCGAGGAAUUUUCAUCCGAGAAGAGGCGCCGGACGAUGACUUGCUGACUCUAGCUAUCCCUGCCGGUAGCAAACUAUCUGCAACAGUCGUUAAUAUAAAUGAGACAGAUGGCAUACAAAAUGAGGCUUCUUAUAACAAUGAUGCAUUGGACAGCUCAAAUACCGGUGAGCUCGGUAUUAGCCACGACUACAAUAUCUUCGACCACCAGCGUGAUGCAACAGCAGCAUUUGCAUCCUCUCUCUGGGACGUCGAUGGAAUAGGUAUUUCGCCGGAGAAUGCGACAAUGUGCACUCCCGAGCAUAUCAACAUCACGAUAAAUCUCGAUACCUUGGUCCAUAAGCUCGUGUCCAGGGCUGUGUGCUUAGGAGCCUGCCCCGGAAUCCGAAGAGCACAUGUCGACGAGGCGAUUCGAGGUUCGGUGGUAUGGAUGCAAGAGACAUAUAAAUGA